AUUUCACAGAAAUCGUUCGUGAAGGUUACAAUCUGACACCGGUGUAUUUUCGCGACUUCUUUUCUUCAGUUUUAGAGCCACUAGACAAUAGACGUGCAUGGUUCUGCGCGGUUUCUUCCAGCAGGUUUGUCUUUAGAUGAGAUGAGUCAUGAGUGUAAGCAGAGAACGGAGAUGGACACUUGCGGAUGUGGUUAGACUAACACGGUUUUGGAGAAGUCAAUUUGUGUCUCAGAAGUCAGAACGUUCAGCAAGUCAUACCACGACGUAGAGCUGUGUUUCACUGGUUUUAGACGUCGGCUUGCAAUGAAUCCUACGCUCGAAAGGGAUGAAAAGGAUCAAAAUUUUACAUUCAAGGACUUUAUGGCACUAAAAACGUGCCAUAAAUUUUAUGACCAAUGCCAGGAAGAGAUUACGUCGAUAAGAAAGUUAAAUCCCGUGAAACUCAAUUUUGAGCAUUGCAACUUUUCCACAUUUGUUUGAGCUUCCUAGCUGCUAGCUUCAAUUUUUACUUCUCGAUUAUUCACUGUUUCAUUCGUUGGACUGACAGUAAUUUGAAGGGAGUACAUUUCAGAAGUUUUGUACGAGGAAGCAACGCGGUGCUGCCGAACAAAGCGUAUAAACUGUUAUAUUGGACACAAGUGGAACAUGACCUUUUACAAUGCAGAUCAGCAAAUCCCUUGACAACUGUUAGUUGCAAAACCCAAGAUGAACGUCAAGUGUAAACCUUUAGGAAUCAAGGGAAAAGCGGGUUUCGAACUUGAUCGCCACCGCAUAGAAAUCGAUACUCAAGAAAAGAAUACCGACGCUUUGCGUGAGCAUUUAGAGAAGCAAUGCGCCGGUUUAACGUCGAACCACAAGAAUGACGACUUGACAACCGAAGAGUCGCUCGUCCUGAGUCUUGUCCAGCAUUAUUCUUCACAUUAUUGGCUCAAAAGCCUAGACUAUGCAUCGCUAGCCGUUAUGAAAGGCUUCGAAUGGCUUGACGAAUCGACCUGGAACAAGUUUCGAGCAACGAUUGGUAUGUCAGAAACCAUUACCGUUAAGCACGUUGGCGAGUUAUGGAAAAGAUUUCACCACUUUUGGUUUCAUCAACACCCAAAGAGUUCUGUCCCUCAAAUCAUUUGCUUCGGUUUUGAUAAAGGCUUCAAGUUGUCACUGUCAUCAACUCGUCCACUCACAAGGUACUACUUGUGGUACGACGGAGUAACAAAACGUUUCGACGCCAUAACUUGUCUGUCAAACUUUGAUCAAGACACGGCUUCCUAUUGGGAAUGUCUGAUGUUGCGAACCGAAAUUUGUCUUGACAAUUUUUUCGAAAGCCAAUUUGACGAUUUAUCCGACGAGAUGCUGGAAUCACGAUUCUCGCAAUUGAACGAUGAAGUCAAAUCAAUCGGAAAUGAAUUUGAUUCUUUUAAGCGACAGUUUAGAAAAUGGAAAAUUGGCAAGGAAUUCGACCACUUGGUUUUAGACAUGGACAAUUGCAUCCAAUCACCGGACGAGGAUUCCAAGGAUUCCGCCUCGGCGUGGUGUGAGCAACUUUGGCAAGUCACGGCACGCUGUUUGUCCCGUCAAAUGGAGCAGGGCUACAUCGACAGAAAGAGGAAAAUUGAGAUGAAUCGCCGAGUAAGAAAUAGCGAAAUCGACAAGAUCCGAGAGAACGUUGAACGCUGGAACUGGGAACUUGCCAAAGCCCGCCAACGCAAAAGCGAACUAGAUCGACGCGUGGCUGACGAAACCCAGCUGUUGGAAAAAUUAGCUUGGAGUCAAUUGCUGCUCGAUUUGGCCAAUCCCGGCUUUGUUCCCGACUACAACUUGGCUUGCCAACGCCAAGAUCACGAAAUCUACCAAGAAAAGAAUGCUCCCCAAUUAGCCGUCAAGGUUUUCGACCUUAUACAUCCUCCAACGUCUGCUAAUAAAGAGAAGCGGGCCGCAUUAGAGAAAUACGUGAACAACCCGUCAAAUAAGAAUCAGGUGCUGAAAGAAUUGCACUCGGCGUUGGACGAAUUUGUAGGACGAGAAGUCGGUAGUGGAGUUACACACAAUCAAGUCUUAACUAUUAAAGGAGAAGCGAGUGUCGUGCUGAAGAAAAUUGCAUCGUCGGUAGAACUUGGCAACUGCAGAGAAAUCGUCAUCAAAGCGGAACGAGUCAUCUACUUGGAUUGCGACUGGACAGUGGCCGGCGUCAGCGUGAGCCUGAUGGCUCCGCGCAUUGAAAUAAUCUGUUCACCCGGCAACAAAAUCCGGGCCAUAACAACGUCGGGUCGUGAUGGCAAAGAGCACGAGCAUACGAAAGCAGCCGACGGAAACGGAGCGGGCGCCAGUGGAAGCCAUGGAAAAGCAGGUCAAGAUGGUGAGAAUGCCGGAAACGUCAAGAUUGACUGUCAAAGUUUCAUCGGUCGUUUGAAGAUUGUGGCUCACGGUGGAAAAGGAGCAGACGGCCAGGACGGCGGUGACGGCCAACCCGGCCUUAAAGGACAGGAUGGAGCUGACGGAAAAUUUCCCAGCGAUCAAACAGAAGAAUCCACUUGGCAUUAUUUGUAUUUCGGCACCAAAUUGUACGCAAGCGAAGGCUGGCCCGGAUCACGGGGUGGAGAUGGUGGAUCGGGAGGCAACUGCGGCAAGGGCGGACGAGGUGGGCUCGGUGGCCAGGUGCAUUUUGUAUCAUCCCAUCGUGAUCGACCCACCGAUUUAUCUCAAUUCAUCGAACGAGACUGUGCCGAUGGGCAGAAUGGCAAGGACGGCCAACCGGGUCGUGGUGCUCCGGGAGGAACGGGCGGCAAACGCGGACAAGACGCGGUUUUGUAUUUCAAGCCAGACAAAUCAUGGUCAUACAUUUUGAAGGGGCAGUGGCGACGUCACAAGGGUUCCCGAACCGAUCUGGAUAAGAUCUAUCUUUUGAAUAUAAUAAUGGGAUACAAGAUUCGUGAAGAUAGUUGUCCAAGGAGGCAGCGUGCUGCGGAAGGCAAAUGCGGAAACGAAGGCAAAAUCCCCGUGGCUGAUCAUCUGCAACAGAGAGAGCACUCUUCUCGCAACGCAACUGCUGAUGUUGCUUCGAAACUUGAUAGUCUUCGUCAAUCAGGAAGCGACGAACGAGAAAGGCAGUUGGAGGCGACACGUUACGAUGAACGGGCAAAUGAAACGGAAUCCAUCAACCGAAUAGUCGAAGAGCGGAAUGUCAUUUCACGUCACGAAGAAGCGCUGGCCGUCGAUCGCCAACGGCUCGAGCGGCUGGACGAAAUCUGCCUGCGCGUUCGAUCAAAAAUGAAAGAAACAUUUGAGCAACGCAUCGUUCUUCAGUCCGUUGUCGGCCAAAGGAUAACGAGACAGAUGAAAAAGAAUUUCGAAGACGAGGAUCUCGGCCUUUAUGCUUCCGGCGGUGUCGCAAUAACGGAUUUUCGGAGAGAUAUUCGAUCCGGUCAUCCGGUUUCAGAUCAACUUGCAGCGGCAAUUCGUUGCUUGGCUAAACUCGAUGCUUGGAUCAGCUCCCUUAUGAUGGGCAAAGACGACAACAACAAGAAUGUGCUGCCAAUUCUUCGGACAGUUCAAUCGCUCGUCCUCAACUUGAGUCUCGAUGACCACGAAAAAGAAUGGAAUUCCAUUGAGAAAAUUUUCAACGAAAUGUCGAGCGAUCCGCUAAAAUUGGCCGAUUCUCUGAAAUUUAUCGGAUCGAAUCUUCGGUUGAUUAUAUCACUUGCUGACCAGUCGCCGGCGACGGAUUUGAUCAAAAAUCUCGAGAAAUUUCUGGCAACGACUGGCCGCAACCGAGAAGCUGCAACGAAAAACACCAUUUGUGUAUUGCACGAAUUCUACCAGCACCCUAUCGAAUUUAGAGAUGUCAUUAAUUUGCUUACACGCCCAUCUGACUGUGACUGGACCCAGCAGAGUGACAUUCGAUUGGGCCUCUUUUUCGACAAAUGGCUACUUUCCGUCAUAACGAAAACAAUCUUUGAAGUUUAUGAUGAUGAAGAACUCGGUACAUCAAGGGCCAGUCUUUUCACCAAAGUUUGGCUGCAAUGCUCACCGCUGUCGAAGUGGACCAGGUCUGCUACUUCAUCGGAUGCUGUAGAAAAAUGGUUGAAGCAAGUUAAUUUUUUAUUCUUGAACCAACUUCAAUGUUCAAUUUCGAGUCGUGACGAGAAAAACAAUGUCUUGCUACAAUUUGCUCGAAAACGGAUCGGAAUACCCCAAGACUUAUCGACGAUUGACGACACAUUAAAGAGAUGGCAAUUGGUUUUUGUCGUGAAUCACUUUCAACCGGAAGUCAACGAGAUGGACGCGAUCGGCAAGUGGGCUCGCAAAAAGAGCGAUCGCCACUUCAUGGCGUAUGUCGAAAAAGCGUUCAGUGAGAGAUUCAUAGCGCCACUUUGGUCCGAAAUCCAGUCGCUUUUGAAGGAGAAUCUCCCCGAAGAUGCCAACAGCGGAAAGGUGAACGAGGACAUUAGAGAGGCGAUCAAUCGGCUGGAAACGACAAUCCGUUCGUCGUUCACCAAUUUAUCGUUUCACGAACGAUGGAAGUUGGGAUGUGAUUUAAAGGAAAAACUUGAUGUAUCCUCUUAUGAAAAAGAACAAUUCUCUGAAUGGAUCAAACAACAGUCGAUUAAAGCGUCAACGCAGUUAUUCUUACCAAACAAAGAUGAUGCUGACGAUGAAGUGGAAAUUAUUUGGUCUCUGCUGGAUGGUUCAAACAAUUUAAGAGAAAAGAGCUUGGAAUUGCACUACCGUCUGAGUCACCUUACUGAUGCGUCGUUCAAACCGAGUCAAAUCGAGAAAAUCGCUGGGAUUUUGCUCAACGAGUCGUCCGAUCGCUCAGUCACCGACGAUUUCAACAAUUACCAUUGGCACUGCUUCCGGUCGACGUUCCUUGAAAAUUGGAGCAACUAUUUCUUCUCGCAUUGGAGUAAGUGCCAUCAACAGACGGAACGUUUUCGUGACAGGGUCGCCGACAGAAAUCCCGAAGACGACGAUCGAAGCUUAAACUCUUUGGAGUUGGCCCUUGAACGAUAUUUGCUUUUCACAACGGGUCUGCCACCGCUGGAUGCCGUCGAAAAAUGGCGUCAACUCACGAACCUGCCUUUGCUUAAGAAACGCACCGAAUUCAUUGCAAAAGAUCUCAAAGGAGCCAUCAAGGAGAUCAAAUCGACAGUUACUCCAAGAAUCAACCAACUCUAUUCGAAUCUAUUUUUGGACAUCACAAAUAAAGAAAUGAAUGCCGACACAAACAUCGUAGCUUUGACGGAUGCUUUGUUUGAAAUUAUUUCAAGAACGACAAUUUCGUUUUUCGAUGAUGCCGAAUCGGUUCGAUCGCUAGUCGACGUGAUCGAAGCAGUUCAAUUGAUGAUAUACCUGACAAAUGACGAUCUCGUUCAGCCAAAUAGCAACAGCCAGGUGAUAUCUUCAGCUAAGCUCGGCGAAUGGAAAAAGAAGUUGGUCCAAUGGAAAGACAUUGAUCGGGAGGCGGCAUCUGUGGUAUACUUGGCCGCCAAAGAAUUAGUUGAAGCCGCCGAAUCCCGGUCAUCAAGUGGGGACGACUGCAGCAGAAAAAUCUACGAGCGCAUUGCCGCUCGUCGUCGAGAUAUGUUGCACACGUUCGAUCAAGCGCUUUCCUGGUUGGAGACGUUUGUUGGUUAUUUGGCCGAUUCCCGCUCCGGUAUCGACACGCUCACGGUUAUCGAAGCAACGAUUGCCUCUAGCCAGUUUCUCAGCUGGAACAAACUGAAAAAUGGUAAAACGUCUCUACCCCAAGUGGUAACUGACAUUUCGACGGCAUGUAAUUUAAUACCAAAACCCGAUAAAAUCAGCUGGAGCUCUUUCUUUGGCGCUAUUUUAAACCUUAAAUGCAGUGAGAAGACAAUUUGGCUGAUUACAACAUUGGCAAAUUUCGUCGGCGGACAACUGAGCAACGAACGAGAACGAGCAACCUGGACUGAAGUGAAAGGUUGGUUCGAUGGACUUGAAUCCCUGAUAAAUGACACGAAGGAGAUGAAUGACACAUCUCCUGCUGCUAAAAACCACUGGGAGGAGAUGAUGAGAAUCCAGCAAGUGUUGAUCGAUUAUUGCCACAUUUGCUACGAGAUUAAAUUGUUGACGGAUCAGGAAAAGCGUUCGAAGAACAAGAUGGACUUGAACCUCGUGUGCUUCACUUUUAAAAAUGUCGUCGAACUAAUGACUAAUAUCAUCCGACUUGUGCGGUCAAAAAAGGAAGUUUCCAGCAGUCGACAGCAGGGCAGCCAAACUGAAUUUCUGAUGGAUCAACUGGAAACCCGCCAACUUGUCCUAAAGUCGUUGAUCCAACUAGGACAAUCCGAUUCCUUUUAUUGGGAUGAAGAAACUGUUCAUCGAUUUUUAAAAGACUUUUUAUUCCCAGAACUCAAACCAUCACCUGAUGAAUUAUGUAUCCUGUCAAAUAUGCUGGUGAGCGGACCUCGAAAGGCUUUCAUCGAGCGAUGGAUAUCCCUGGAAAGCUGUUGGGAGCCGGAACGAAUUCGAGUUUUGGUCAAGUCGCUCCAGGACAAGAAUCACAGCCUAAAUGACGCCCAGUUAUUUUUUUCCAUCGACGGUUACGAUAUUUUCAACGAAGAAGAAAAAUCGUACAUCAAUUUGAUUGACGAUAAUGCGGCGGUGGAGAGUUCGCUGCUGGUCGACGGCCAACAUCCGUCCUGUUUCUUGGACGCGUUGCAGAAAUUGGCCAUUGAGCGCAUCCGAGCCGAGUUUGUGCGCUGCUUCGAGCCGUCCAUUACCGUCCAGGACAUGGAUCGUUAUUUACCAAAGCCCAGCAAGGAUGGCACUCUAUGUAGCCAGGGAACUUUAGCAGACAAGCAGCACAUCACCCAACUUUGUCGAUCAUUCAAUCGGUGUAUCCGCACGAAGAUAGAACAAGGCGAAGAACUGCUCGAUUGGCUCCAUUGGAUUCGUGAAGUCGUCGUUCCUUCACUGAAAUCAUACGAGGCGGAACAAGGAUUGUCCGUCCAGCAGAUAACCAAAUUCUUCGAAGAUGCAGAAGAAUUUCCGCUCGACUUGUGUCGAUACGUCACGACUAGAAGCCGACCUCACCAGUGGAUCGACAUGCUCGCCAUUUUCGCCAUUAAGGAAUUAUUCGAUCAACUUAUCGAGAAGUGUCGUGAGGACCGAAUAAAAAUGAAGAGUUCCGAUAUUGUCGAACAACUGGUUCAAUGGUGGACAUCGUCCGGAGCACCAGCGUCGUUUUUGCACAUUUUCCAUCACAAGAUUCGGCAGGAAAUGGCGGGCGAUCCGCACGAGUUUUUGACACUCGUUCAAGAGUUGACCAACAAAUUGACGGCACUUAAACUUCAUUCUCUGCUACACGAAGACGUCAUAUUGGGCCGUUUCUCCAGUGCUUCUUUGAACGAUUGGCCGUCAGUGAUACGCUACGUCCAGCUGGCCGUUGAUUGGACGCCCGACCUUGCCCUUCGCCUGACGUCUGUACUCGAUGUUCAAUUCGGGCAGGAAAGAACCGACCAGUUUCUUCGUUUGAUCGUUCAUCGCCACCCGGAACUAAACGAUAAGUCGGACGAUGAUAAAACACAAUUGAGAAACAUCCUGAAGAAUUUGAUUCGAUACUCCUGUAUUAAUGAUCGAUGCAUUGCCUUGAUCGAUAAUAGUUUGCAACAAGACUCGAUUGAGGUUAGUGAUCCGUGCUGGCAUUCGCUGUCUGAUUCGGAUGUCAUCGAAACAGAGAUGAGUAAAUCGAGUAGAGUCGAUUUGAGUGUCGAGAAAAUUUUGACCAUCAUGAGCCAAGAUUCCGAGUCGAGCAAAGUCAUCGGCAAUAGCAGCGAAAUGGCCCAACGGAUCACACGCAUCCGGGAAGAAGCCAAGAAAAUUACGAAAAUAAACGUUGGACAAUGGACUAAACAAAUCAAGAAGAAGAGCGACGAGACAUUGAAAGUGGACGACUUUCUGUCCGUUGCUUGUCGGGUCGUUCAGGAUAAAAAGGGCUACUUGCCGAGAGACGUUCAACUCAUCGCAGUCGUCGCUUUCGUUUCUUCCGAUGAUCAACAGCAAGCCGGACGGAUGCCACGACGGAUGGGACAAAUUUCAACCGGCGAAGGCAAAACGCUCAUCUCUGCCCUGGUAGCCAUUUACCACGUCCUGUGUCACUGGAACGCGGAUCGGCACGUCAACAUCAUCACGAGUUCUCCCGUGCUGGCCGAGGCCAACAUCGCCGAAAUCGGGUGGCUCUUCCAAUCGUUUGGCGUGAGCGUGAGCAACAAUUGUGACCAGAAAUGUUCCAACGAUGAAGAUGUUAGGCGGGAACGAUACAACAACGACGUGAUUUAUGGCGACCUGAGCAGUUUCAUGCGUGACAUUCUCCUCACGCGCUUCUUCGAGGACAAGGACGUGACCCGCAACCGCAACCCGGGAGCCAUCAUUGUCGACGAAGUGGACUCGAUGACCCUCGACAAAGGCGAAAAUGUCCUGUACUUGUCGCACAACAUCCCCGAAAUGUACAAUCUCAUGGGCCUCUUUGUUGAAAUUUGGACGUUGGUCAACGCUCCGGAUGUCGUCCGUUUGGCCGAAUCGAGUGACAUUGUCGAUGAAAUUCGCCAGUUGAUUGAGCCGACGCUUCCAACUUGCGUUCCCAAUGGAAUAAAGAAAUUCGCCGAGCGGCAAUUGCCGGCGUGGAUCAAAAGCGCCUUCCGGGCUUGUUACCUGCUCCAACCGAACGACACCUACAAGGUGGAUGACUGCGGUGACGGCCAAGGCAGACGGAUCGUCAUCAUGGACAAGGAGACGGGAGUGGAGCAAGUGCAGACCGAGUGGUCGGACGGAUUGCAGCAGUUCUUGCAGUUGAAACACGGCCUGAAAUGGACGCCCAUCUCUUUGAAGGCCAUUUUCAUGUCCAACAUUGGCUACUUUAGCGAAUUUGAGGGCCGCAUGUACGGACUGACGGGCACACUCGGUUCCACGGCCGAGUGCGACCUGCUGCGCCAUGUCUUUGGCGUCGAUUUUUUCCGUUUGCCGCGAUUCCGGCAGCGCUUUUGCAUCCAGCACGAUCCGAUCACCGCCCACAGUCGGCAAGAUUGGCUGGAUCAAAUGCAGCAGGUGGUCGCAAGCUUCGCUUCCAUGUCCAAUCACAAUAGACAACGGGCCGUUCUAGUCGUUUGCGAAAAUGUUGAAUUUGCCGAUUCGGUUUACCAACGCCUUAAGCCGUCCGAUCAAAUUCAAGUCGUCAAAUACGUCAGCUCAUUCGACAAGGCCUUCAAGAAUUACCAAGAGCAAGAAAUUCUUCCCGGACAGGUGAUCAUUGCCACUAACUUGGCCGGUCGGGGUAUGGAUUUAAAGCCAAGCCAAAGUCUCGUGGACAACGGCGGUCUUCAUCUGAUAAUCGGAUUUGUUCCAUCAAAUGCCCGCGUCGAAGCCCAAGCCGAAGGACGAACAGCCCGCGCUGGCCAACCCGGAAGUUUCCAGUUUGUCAUCGAGAUGGUGAAGGAUGAGAAUCGUGAUGACCCUUACGGCCGAAUACUUGAGUUGAAAUCGAAGCGCGACGACGACGAACGGCUCCGAUUGGACAACAUCCGACGAGAAACUCUGCCAAAGAUCAAACUGGAAGAGAAACUCUUCCACGAAUUCUACAAGAAAUGCGUCGCUCCAUUGGAGGAGAUUAAGUCGCACUUGCAUUUACAACAAGAGAUUAGAAAGAUAAAGAGGAGUUGUUUGAAUAAUCGCUGGGCGCUGUGGCUCGAUGAAAAUUCCGGCCUCAUCGAGAAAGCCCAUCGCGAUCCGGUGGUUGACGUUAAUCUGAACAAUAGUUUCGAUCUUCUAACCAUGUCGGUCCAAUAUUCGGACGUCGAGUCCAUCGUGUCCAGUCCGAGCGAAUGGAUGAUGCUCGCCCGUCACUACGAGGAAUCAUCACUCCCAGACAAAGCGGCAGAGUGUUACAAACAAGCGGCGAGUUUAGAACCCAAUUGGUGCGAAAACGCCCUGCUCGAUGGCGCCCGCCUCGUCCUGGCUAAAAGCGCCAAUUUUGAAAAGAAAAUGAUUGCCAAAGGCUAUUUGAAACGGGCGCGCCAAUUGAUUGACAAUCGAAUCGACGUGCUCGUCAGUCUCCACCAACAAGUCGAUCAAUGUUUGAACAGACAAAUGGAACGCGGAUCGGCCCUCUGUCACAAGCGGUUUGAAGAACAAAUCAACAAUCAAAUCCGUUUGUGGCGGAUUCACUCGUCCCAAAUCGACAACCUUCUCGGCGUGCCGUUGAAAAGGGCCCUAGUUGCCGUCCUGCCCACCGAAGACAUCGAUCAAGUCAUCGACUUACUCGGGGAUUUUAUGAAGCCACGCCGCUAUUCGAAAAAAGCUGAGAAAAGGUCAUUCGAUUGGCCGCCGUUUGUCGCCCACUGCCGUGAGCCGCUCAUGGAACUUGUGAAAAAUGGACAAAAUUGCAAACUGUCGGAUUUCGAGAACGCGAUCGGCCAAGCGGAAACAAAACUUUGGACGAGUUUAAUCUCCGUUUAUAUCGACAUUGGCAAAGAAACUGGCGGCGGGAAAAUAAUCAAGGCUCAUCAGGACGUUGGUCUAGAAAUACCCGACACCAUUUUACCAAAAGGUUACCGGCCUAUUUUGCCCGGUUGGUUGAAAUGUCAUGACGGCCAAGAUUUUUCGCUCGUUUCCUCCACACUUGGUCUCGACGACGACGACCGGCAAUUGAAAGACCUGGAAAAGUGGCUGGAAGAUAAACAAGUGCUGCAAGUAGCGGACAACUGCUUUCGUCAUCGACUUCUAAAACAGAUUCCAUCGAUGGACGAGGAUCCCGACGCUCAACUGGUGGAAGGUGUGGCCCUCUCGUCUUGCGCCGAUGUUGUGGCCUCUUGGUUCUCUUCGCCCAUUGUUGAAACAAACGGAAAUGAGUACGUUCUUCGGCCCCUUUUCGAUGAGCGCAAAAAGAAAUUGGCCAAACAAUUCCUCGAUUACCUCAUUGACGUGGGUGUGGUCAAAGAUGGGGCCAUUCAAUUUCCGUCAGCCAGAAUUGAGCGAUCCAGAGAAGAAAUGAAACAAGAUUUCGAUGAGAUCAAGAGUAAAAUCGAUUCUCUUGAUGAUUUGAACCGGCUCGCUGAGCUCUUUUACGGCACACAUAAAAAAGUGGAAAAGAAGAAAGAAGACGUGAAGGCGUUAAGCAAUUUGGAACAAAGCAUUAAGGGAUUGCUCCCACCGACCGUGUCAUCCCUUGUUCUUUCUGUUGCUAAUGAUGUUUCAACUGUUUUUAGUCAUUUGAAUGAGAUGAACAGACAACGUCAAGAGACUAAUGCUUUGAAAGAGAAGAAGGGAAAACUGUCGACAGCGCUCAUGCAAGCCAUCGGUAUUCACCUCGGCCAGCUGAAAACAUUGGCACAAGUCAAAUCCUCGUUCUGUUCGCUGCACGCCGCCCUUCCGCAACCCGGCGACGACCUUUCGAGUCCCACCGACGAGGUUCAUCAGUUCAACAAUCAACACUUGGAUCGUGUUCUCAAGGUGGAUGAGCACGUGUCACGAUGGGAUUGGCGGAUUCUCGUCGUCGCCCUGAUUGGAGUUGCUCAAUUGGUCGGCGCCAUAGCUUUCCCUUUCUUCAGUGUGAGCCUCGUUGGCGAAGGCAUCAACGACUUGAUGUUUGCCUUUCAGUGUCUCCAGACAUUGGGAUCCUUCUCCUGGAAAUCCUACCUCGUGAGCAAGGGCAUAAGUUUGGCGCUAACUGCCGUCACGAUGGGACUAGGAGCUACCCGGCUCGUAUUAACAUGUGGUAGUUACAGACUAGCGGCCGAAAUUAUUUGUCGAUUUAACGGAACACUCAAUGGAUGGUGUCAGGCCGGCAAGCAGGUCUUGCUCCAGUGCGCAUACAUCAUUAAGUCGUCCAUCGUCGGCCAAGUUGUUAGCCGCUUCCUCACGUGGCUCAACAAGUUCAUCCUGGAACAGGUGCUGGAGCGCAUCAAGUCGUCCUUGUUCAACAACUCGUUUCUACGUCCAGCUUUCACUCUGCUCAAAGAUUCCAUGAGAUCCCUGAUGACUGCCAUGGUCGAAAGCGGCAAGAGCGCCAGCGAAGCCAGCCAAAUCAUCCUGCAAGUGCUGAAUGGAGCCAAGAAUAAAUUGGCCGCCGGUGAUUGGUUCACCGAACUUCGCACAAACGCCUCAUCCAUCGCCAGUCGCAUGAUGCGAAUCUUCAAUGACUCGUCGGCCGGCUUGUCUAACUUGCAGGGCAGCUACGUCAGCACUCGAAAUACCCAAGGCAUCACCGCUAACGCUGGUACAAUUGAAACGGCCAUCCAAAUGGCCAAGAGUGUCAUUGAUUAUGGCAAAAAGGCGGCUGAAGUGGCCGAAAGAAUCAACACGUUUACCACCACUUGCCAGACGGUCACGAAAUUGGCCACACACGGAACGACGUACGUCGGUGAUUUGAAUGCCGCCCUGCAGGACGAGCUGAGGGCAUUGAAAAUGAAAAGUCAGCAAGGGCAGGAACCAGCAGCAGCUGGCCAAAGUAGUGGUGAAUUAUCCAAAGAAGAAGCAGAACGAUUCGAGGAAUUGAUCGAUGAAACCGAGGGUGAAAUUCAAUCGUCGAUCAUGAAGACAACUCUCGACACGAUCCAAACGGCGUGGCUCCAGCCCAUGAUCCAACUCAAAAUCGAGCAACACAUUUCGAAAAUCGGCUCCAAACUCGUCAAAAAAUACUGUCCAUCUUUGUUACCGGAAGGAUUUGACAACAAGGGUGAUGAAAGUAAAAAUAGCGGGGACGACGAUAAAGAAAUACCAUCCGAGGAUGGAUGGAUCGAUGACAUGGGCAACGGCAAUAAAUUAGCCAGGCCGAUCGAAAUGCAGAACUCGGCAGACGCAAAUGGUUGGGUGUUCGAAUUUGAAGAUGAAACCGGCCAGUAUUCGCAAGGAACUCAAGGUGCCAACACCGUCACCUACUAUCCUGAUGGCAAUCCUUACUCGCAAAAGCCCGUCCUUAAAAUGACUUGCACGCAGAAUAAGGAAGGGAGCACGCAAUUCCGUAUUACCAUGCCCGAUGGAGAGAUUCGUGAAUAUGUGCCGAAUCCGUUGGAACUUCCUGGCCGCUGCUUCUUUGGCGCACUUUCAAAGGCUCAAAACGAUCCCUCGAUAGAUUAUACGAUUCAAAAGUUAAAGAAUCACGCCAAAGGAAACGACCGAGUUCGAUAUAUGAACAAACUGGGAGUCAACCAGAGCUACAAACCGUCCAAUUCAAAUUCCAGGAUGAUCGAUGGGAAAACAACACUUCCUAAUGUGCAAAUUUCAACAGACGUUAUUAAAAAGAAAACGGAGAGACAACAGGCGCGUGACACGGAAUCUAAUUUAGAGAAGAUAAGAAAAGAUGAUCCAGGUAUCCAACAGGAAGAUGUAUACCAUGAAUCGCACGAUUGUGAAGUUGUCGAAGAAUUUUGGAAAAUUUCUAAAGUAACACGCGAGGGCAAUAUCUAUGUCGAAAGAGUAUACGGCGAGAGUGCUGACAAGUUUUACGAAGAAAAUCAAGAAUAUGGGUCGCCUGAAGCUAUCACCAGGAAGAUCAAGAAUCACUACAGAAUUCACUGGAAACAUACUAGCGAGACACUGGAGUACGAAACAACAAAUUAUAAAACCAAGGAUAUCAAGUACGAUAUUUUUACUGGGUCGCCGAAUCAUCUGCAAAACAAGUACCACAGAGGCUUCGUUUCCAACUGGAAUGGACCCCAGGGGGAUAAUCAAAAACAAUAUAACUUAAGUAAAGAAGACUGAUAUCACGACCAAUAAAACGCACAUGGAAAACUAACGUGGAGGUUGCCGCACUUUCGACUUUGAUUACAGCCAAUUACGUUUACUUCAACCUCGUGAUUGCUCUGAUGUGCAAUCAACUCUGUCAGCUGAGAUGGAAUAUAUGAUCCACAAGCAAUUUCCUUCCAUCUCUGGGUGACUGUGAAGGAUCGUAACUUGUUUUUUGUGUUCUUUUUUUUUAGUGCGUUGAGCAACAGCCAUUCUUCUACUUCUUUUAAAAACAAAACUUUUGUUAGUAACCUUUCAUUAACUAACCCUAACUUUAACUUUGUGUUACUCUUCACAUACCGUCUAGCCUAUACUAGGAAAAACUGUCUUUCUUUCUCUUAAUCCAAACCCUCCUUCAGUUUCUAGUUUUCCAAAAGAUACUUGUUUGCUUUAACUCCUCCCUAUUAGUUCUUUCUUUUCAACUUUUACUAUUCAAACAAACCUUGUUUUAAUAACAGUCAUUUAAGACAACCUUAUAUAAAUAUGUACAACACAAUAUAACU